AUGGCCAGCGCUGCUGGAGCACCCAUUCAAAGUCGCCCCUACCGUUCCCACAGAGUCCCAGCAUGCAUCCGCUGCCGGUCGCGCAAGAUCAGGUGCCAUAUCGACAUCCCCGGUGAACCGUGCUUAUCAUGUCGCGAACGCCGCCUGAAGUGCCAGUACGCGGAUAAGUCCAACGAUGGAUCGCCCGAAGACUCGAACGGCGGGGUGCGCACGCCGAAACGGCAGCGUUUGAAUCGGGAUGCGAAUGAUGAGGAUGAGGAGGAUAGGCCGAGGAGCGCGCCCGUGCUGCAUCGCCCAAGUAGUCAUCCCUCUGCGAGUAUCAUUCUUGCGCCGCAUAUUGCGGAAGAUGUUGACAUUCUCCAGAGACAUAUGUCUCAGCAUCGACCGCCGGAGGGCCAAGGAACGGAUUCAGGACAGUAUCGCACGCUGAACCAGGACACGGCUGAUCCCAUCGUCUACCUGACUGUGCCUCGUUUCCGGACCGGUUUGGCGCCAGAGCUGGGCGCUGGAAAAGAGCAGCUUGAGAUCCUGCAACAGUUGAUCGGUCCAUUUAAGAGAGAGGUCAUUGAUUUGUACUUCUCUUAUCUGCAUUAUGCGUUCCCCGUAAUGGAUGAGGAUGCAUGCUUCCAGUUGAGAAAGGGGCAACUCGAAAAGGUCAGCAAGAACUUAGUCUGCGUAGUAUUUGCGAAUGGGGCCUCGAACUGGUUUUUGAGCGAUACGUUGAAGAUGCAUCCGAAGCCGGAUCUGCAUUAUAUUUGGAACAAGGCAAUCAGUGCACUACAUGAAGAUUUCUUGAGCCCGAGCAUGGCCACGGUAAACGCCGCGGUAUUAGAUCAAAUUGGCCGUCCAUCAGUCUCGAUCAUGGGAAAUCUCACGCUAUGUGGGCGGACGAUAUCGCUGGCACAAACAUUUGGCCUGCACCGCGACCCUACAAAGUGGAAUAUCACCGAAACCGAGAAACACAACCGCAUACGCUCUUUCUGGGGCGUCCUCAUCACCGACUAUUGGAGCAGCAUAGCCUACGGCGUGCUCCCCCACAUCGGAAAACGCUUUUACGAUGUUCCUCUCCCAACCGUUGAGUCCCUUAUGCCCGUUCGAGCAACGCCCGCCCAGCGCUGCGCAACUAUUUCCUUCGUCCAUCUCUGUGCCCUCACCGAGCUGUUGGGCGACAUCCUCCCCCUCGUCUAUGAAAUCAAUCCCGAUCGCGCGACCCUGGGCGACACAGUCGCGCACCUGAAAAUCCAGCUCAAAAAGCUGGAAGACCAGCUCCCAGAAUGGCUGCCCCUCCCCAACAAGCCCGGCACCAGCAACCUAUGGUUCUGCUUUCUCUCCGUUCGCCUUCUCCUCAGCCGCGUGAACCUUCGCGCGGCAAUCUUAGCCGAUGACCUCGCGCUGGAGAAGUCCCGACUGGAUGAGCUACGGCAGGCGAGCACCGCGAUCCUGGACUACAUCUGCUUCCUGGGGCAGAGCCAGUUCCAGGACUUCUGGCUGCCGUAUGCAACGCAUUUGCUCGUGCACGCUGUGACAGUGAGCCUGAGAUGCGCGGUCGAGACGCAGAAUGUGGAGCAGCGGAUGGCAAGCGUGAGUACGCUGGAGAGAUUUACCGCACAUAUUCAGCAUGCGAGGGAUAAUUAUGAUUGGGAUAUCGCGAACUACACUCUCGAACGCUGCUCCGAGUCCGUAUCCAAAAUCGCCUCUCUAACUUCUCGUGGAUCUGCCCCGCCCCCAGAAGCCGUGCUCGUCAUGCCCGAGCGGCCUGGACUCAACGAGGCGCAUACGGGACCGGUCAUGGACGAUGCGAGUUUGUUGCUUAGCGAUCUGCUGGAUCCGAAUGCGUUUGAUUUUAGCUGGGAGGCGCUGUGGGAUACACCGAGUGGGAUGACGAACUUUGCGUUGUGA